AUGAUGAAAGGCCGUCUUGGUAAUUUAGACCCAGUGUGGUACAUGUACGUUGUGUUUGCUCACCUUAUGAUGGUGCUGUUUGGAGAGGAUUUGCUGCGGUACGUUGAGGCGAUGCGCAACUUUGAUUCUUCGCUGUACACGCCUGCGUCUCGGCGCAUUUGGGACUUCAUCAUCCUUGAGUACUGGAAUGAUUUUUGGACGGAGCUGCCUAAGCGUCUCACAUUGGCCACGCCAUAUGACGUGCGGGUGGUGAAGGAUGCGUUCAAGAUUGCCUGCGGCUACACCAUGGCGUGUUAUUGGACUCUUAGCGUCGGUUAUGAUAGCAGGUACUACUUUGGAAUGACAAUCCUCAUGGGCGUGGGGCUUCCGACGGCAGGUGACUCACUGAUGGCAGGAAUUCAGCGUGUGGCGGGGCUCGUGUUUGCUGCAUCCGUCGCGUACCUGAUAACCAGUACCAGUACAUCUUUUGCUGAGACUUCCGCUCUUUCGCUUCUGGUUAUUAUGGUGGUGCUCUUCACGAGGGUCUUUCCGUCCUACUUUCACUGCUCCUUUUACUGUGCGCUGCUUAUUCCGUCCAUGGUUCAAAUUGCCUCAACCCCACUGAUGAUGUUUUCCCGCGUGGUGUCGAGUGCGCUCUCCGUGAUGACGUACUACGCCAUCGUCGUCUUUGUGUUUCCGAUUGACACCAUUAAGGUGCUGCACAACGCGGAGGUGUGGGUUCUGAACGGGAUCUCUGAAUACCUAUCCACCCUGGUAAGCCUCAUGCAGGUGCGCGUCGGCAGCAACCAAGCCAAAGUGAUGCAGGAUCUUCUCGCAAUAAAACGUCACACAGUCUGCCUUUGGGCGGCCGCACGGAAAGUGAUGCCCAAAGUGGAAAACGCCGCCUUGGAGCCCACCAUCCGCGGUAAGCCCUACCCUGUCCACGAGCAGAGGGAGUUUGCCCCGGUGCUACGCCGCCUUAUCUCCUCGCUUGACAUAGUGCUCCUGGGUCUGACGAUUCUCCAUCGUGAACGGGUGGUGCCUGCGGCGGGGGAGUUGGUGGAAAUGUUCAACGCCACCACGCAGGUGGUGAAGAGCAUCGAGCGGUACGGGGUGUACGCCAUGCAGGACUUUGUCAACGCCGUGCAGCAGCCGAAGACGUGGUCGUACCUCGACACGGUAGACCAUUUCUCCGCCCUGCUGCGACUAAACAGGGAACUCAAGGCUAUGUUUUGCGUAGUGCACGGCAAGAUGUUGUCCGCCAUGCGCGGAAGGGCGAAUGAACUGCACCUUAACACUUUAAAAUUCUCGAUGGCUACCACCAGCAACAGCAGCAUGUUAUUAUAUCCGCUGCCAGGGGACAGGCAGAGUGAGGCAAACCCCCGCAGCACCACAUGCCCGUACGGGAUGAAUGAAGAGAAGACUGAACGAGAGGAACUCACAGCUCCACGUAACGCGAGCUUUAUGCUUCGCCCCGAAGAGUUCACAAUCAGCCAUGACAUGAACAUGAGCAUCGCCGUCAUCGUGGGUAUGGAUCUCUUCUGCAGCGAAUUGGUAAAGGCACUGCGGGUCAUGCAACACAUCAACGAAUUUGAGCUCAGUCGCUGCAAGUAG